AUUUAGUGAAUUUAUUUAUUCUUUAUAUUUAAUCAAUUUAUUGAUCGUUGUAAUUGAUUUUGCAUUUUGAUGGAUUUAUUGGUUAUUUGACAGAGUUCCACAAUUUGUUCACGUAAGAAACUGACUUUUUCCUUUUUUAUAAUUUGUGGCUUAGUGUGUUUUUGAACAGGCUAUUGAAUUUCUCCUUUAUGGAUACUAAAAAUUGUGGAUUUUCAGGAAGUUUUAAGCUAGUAGUUUCAUUUUAAGAGCGCAUGGAAUCACCAGUCGGUGGUUCAAGAAACACAUCAAUUGUUGUGGUUGGGGUGGAUCCUGGUGAAGUUUAUAUUGUUGUUAGCUUGUCUACUAGGAUUGACACUCAGGUGAUUUAUGUUGAUCCAACAACUGGGGUGCUUCGUUAUCAUGGGAAAUUUGGUUUAGAUGUUUUUAAGUCAGAGAAAAAAGCUUUAGAUUAUCUUACCAAUGGAUCACCCUGGUUAUGUAAGAGUAAAAUCCAUGCCAAGGCAAUAUUGGGCUAUGCUGCUUUGGGAAGUUAUGGGUUACUUCUUGUUGCUACAAGAUUAGCUGAUACCAUUCCCUCUUUGCCUGGUGGGGGAUGUGCGUCUACAGUCAUAGAGUCUCAAUGGAUCAAAAUACCACUUCAUAAUCCUCAACCCCAGGGUAGAGGGGAAGUAAAGAAUAUACAAGAAUUGACUGAGCUAGACAUUGAUGGGAAGCACUACUUUAGUGAGACAAGAGAUCUUACUCGACCUUUUCCAAGUCGGAUGCCUGUGCUUAGUCCUGAUAAUGAAUUUGUUUGGAAUGGAUGGCUUUCAAUGCCUUUUAAAAACACUGGGUUGAAGCAGCACUGUGUUAUUCUUCUACAGGGUUUUGCAGAAAGUCGAAGUUUUGUUAGUUCAGGUCAGGCAGGUGUUGUGGCUCUCAUAGCUCGUCGAAGCAGGCUGCAUCCUGGUACUCGAUACUUGGCUAGGGGCAUAAAUUCAUGUUUCAGCACAGGGAAUGAAGUAGAGUGUGAACAACUUGUAUGGGUGCCUAAAAGGACUGAUCAGAGUGUACCUUUUAACACAUUCACUUGGCGACGGGGCACAAUUCCGAUCUGGUGGGGUGCAGAACUAAAGAUCACUGCUGCUGAAGCAGAAAUAUAUGUUUCAGAUCGGCAUCCUUAUAAAGGAAGUCUACAGUAUUAUCAAAGAUUAAGUAAACGAUAUGAUACUCGUACCUUAGAUGGUGAUACUGGGGAAAAUCAGAGCAAAAAUGCUUUCGUUCCAAUUGCAUGUAUCAACUUGCUUCGAAAUGGUGAAGGAAAGUCUGAACGCAUUUUAGUUCAGCAUUUUGAGGAAUCAUUGAACCAUAUUAAAUCCACUGGCAAACUUCCUUGUACCCGAAUUCAUUUGAUGAAUUAUGAUUGGCAUGCUCGGAUAAAGUUACAAGGUGAACAACAAACAAUUGAAGAAUUAUGGAAACUUUUAAAGGCGCCCACACUGGCUAUAGGCAUUUCUGAAGGUGAUUAUCUGCCAUCGCGACAGCACCUUAAGGAUUGCAGAGGUGAAAUCAUCUACAAUGAUGACUUUGAAGGGGCUUUCUGCUUAAGAUACCAUCAAAAUGGCGUGUUUCGUUUCAAUUGUGCAGAUUCUUUGGAUAGAACCAAUGCUGCUAGUUACUUCGGGUCACUGCAAGUGUUUGUGGAGCAGUGUCAGCGACUACAGUUAUCUCUUGAUAAUGAUUUGGCAAAUGGAUACCAGUCAGUUAAGAACUAUGAUGGCUAUACUGCACCACUCCCACGUGGUUGGGAGAAACGAUCUGAUGCAACAACAGGGAAAACUUACUAUAUUGAUCACAAUACGAGGGCCACAACGUGGAAUCAUCCAUGUCCAGAUAAACCAUGGAAGAGAUUUGAAAUGACAUUUGACAAGUUCAAGAGAUCAACAAUUCUAUCACCUGUAUCUCAGCUAGCAGAUCUUUUCCUGCUUGCUGGUGAUAUCCAUGCAAUACUAUAUACAGGUUCCAAAGCCAUGCAUAGCCAUAUUCUAAAUAUAUUCAAUGAAGAAGCAGGAAAAUUCAAGCAGUUUUCUGCUGCACAAAAUAUGAAAAUCACUCUUCAAAGGAGAUAUAAAAACGCAGUUGUGGAUAGUUCACGUCAAAAGCAGUUAGAGAUGUUCCUUGGAAUAAGGCUUUUCAAGCAUCUUCCAUCCGUUCCAAUUCAACCUUUGCAAGUACUUUCUCGUCCAUCUGGUUUCUUUCUUAAGCCAAUCAGAGGCAUGUUUGAAACCUCUAAUGGUGGAGAUAGUCUGCUGAGUUUCAAGAAAAAGGAUCUAAUCUGGGUUUGCCCUGAAGGCGUUGAUGUUGUUGAAGUUUUUAUCUAUCUUUGUGAACCCUGCCAUGUCUGUCAGCUGCUACUCACAGUUUCACAUGGUGCAGAUGAUUCAACAUAUCCUUCAACUGUCGAUGUGAGAACAGGGCGCAGCCUAGAUGGGCUUAAACUGGUUGUCGAGGGGGCUUUCAUACCCCAGUGUGGAAAUGGGACAAAUCUUUUGAUUCCCUUAACAGGCCCAAUUAGUGCAGAUGACAUGACUGUCACUGGAGCUGGUGCAUACCUUCCCAAUGAAGAUACAUCUUUAUCAUUAUUGUAUGAUUUUGAGGAAUUAGAGGGAGAUUUGGACUUUCUUACCCGUAUAGUGGCACUUACAUUUUAUCCUGCUGCUUCUGGAAGUCCUAUAACUCUUGGUGAGGUAGAAAUCCUUGGAGUUUCUCUCCCCUGGAAUGAAGUGUUUGCUAAUGAAGGGCGUGGGGCCAAACUAACUGAGCUUGCAACGAAAUAUCAAAAGGAAACCAAUCCUUCUUUGUCUGGUUCUGACACAAACCCAUUUUCUAGCACUAGUAUAUCCAAUGAAGCUGUCCCAGCAUCAGCAAAGCAGGGUGCUGCCUAUAAAGGGUUUGACCUCUUAACUCCUGCUGACCUGUCCUCUGAACCUGUUUCUUAUCCAGUUACAGAUCUCGACCAAGCUUUUGUUGGUGGCUGUCAUGUUCCUGAAACAGAUUGUAAAUCCUCUACAUCCCAGGAUAGUAAGCCUCAAGAGAAUGGUUCCGAGAAGUACUUAAAUUGCCUAAAAUCCCUUGCUGGGCCAAAUAUGGAAAGAAACUUACACUUCCUUGAAGCAAUGAAAUUGGAAAUUGAACGUCUCCAGCUUAAUCUUUCUGCAGCUGAAAGAGAUAGAGCUUUGUUGUCUAUUGGAACAGAUCAGGCUAGCGUAAAUCCAAAUAUUUUGCUUGAUGAAUCAUACAUGGGCAGAUUAUACAGGGUUGCAAAUAUCCUUGCAUUGCUUGGACAAAAUGCUCUUGAGGACAAGACGAUUGGUUCUAUUGGUCUUGGGAAGAUCAAGUAUAAUGUUAUAGAUUUCUGGAACAUUAGUAGAAUAGGCGAGAGCUGUUCUCGUAGGAUGUGUGAAGUGCGUGUUAAGACUAAGGCAACCAUAUCUUCAUCCUUGAUGGUGUCAUAUAAAGAAGGCUCGGAGUCUGUUUUCAUGUGUUCUCAAUGUAAGAGAAAGGCUUGUCGAGUUUGUUGUGCGGGGGGAGGAGCCCUUCUUCUGCAAAAUUAUAUCCGGGAAGAAACAAACUGUAAUGGCUUGUUAAGUCAUAGUAGCCAAGUUGAUCGUACAGCAAAUCAUUCAGUGAUACUGGACACUGCUAUUUGCAAGAAGUGCUGUCAUAAGAUAAUUCUUGAUGCAUUGGCCUUGGACUAUGUUAGGGUGUUGAUUAGCUCACGAAGAAGAGCCCGUGCCUAUAGUGCAGCCAAUAUGGCUUUGGAUGAGGUAAUGGGAUCCUCAUUCCUGGAUGGCCUUCCUGACAGAAGUCAUCCCUAUCGUAAUCAGCAAGGUGUUAAAGUUUUGGAACAAUUACUUUCUGGGGAGAAAUCACUUGCUGAGUUCCCAUUCGCCAGCUUUCUACACCCGGUUGAGACAGCUAAAGAUUCAGCACCGUUUUUGUCGUUACUCACUCCACUGGAUUCUGGAUCAUGGCAUUCAUAUUGGAAGGCUCCCCUUAAUACUACCUCUGUUGAUUUUGUUAUUGUGCUUGACACACUUUCGGAUGUCAAAGGAGUCAUAUUGAUUGUAAGUCCAUGUGGUUAUUCUGAAGCUGAUGCUCCCAUGGUGCAAAUCAGGGUUAGCAAGAAACUUGAGAGGGAAGAAAGGUCCUUUAUAGGAAAAUGGGAUGUCCAGUCUCUGAUCAGCUCUUCACCGGAAUUUUACGGACCUGAAAAGUCCGGUAGAGACAAUAAGCUGCCUCGGCAUAUAAAAUUUCCUUUCACAAAUCCUGUUAGAUGCCGCAUUGUUCAAAUAACACUAAGCCUUCCCCUUCAGCGGCCUGGUUCAAGCUCCGUGAAUUUUGAUAAAGACAUUAAUCUCUUGUCUCUAGAUGAUACUCCCUUUCCUCAAGAAACUCGAUCUUUCGAAGCAGCAAUGCCACGGGAUCCAUGCCUUCAUGCCAAACGAAUCGUGAUAGUUGGAAGCCCUGCAAACGAAGAGAUAGGACUUAGAUCAUCACAAAGUACUGAUCAAAUAAAUUAUAUAAACCGGUUGAACCAAACUCCGCAGUUAAGAUUCAAGGUUCCGAUUGAGGCUGAGAGGCUAAUGUACCAUGAUCUCGUCUUAGAACAGUAUCUGCCUCCUUCUUUACCGUUGCUUGCCGGAUUCCAACUGGAUGCUUUCAAUGCGAUAAAGCCUCGAAUAACUCAUUUACCGUCUUCAGAUGCAGAUAUCUUGGAUAUAUCAAUAACAAGCUUAGAGGACAGGCAUAUCUCUCCAGCUGUUUUAUGUAUUCAAGUAUCUGCAAUCCAGGAAGGAAAGGGGUCCAAGAUGGUACCUAUUGCGGAAUAUAGAUUACCAGAGACCAAACCGGGAACACCUAUGUUCUUUGAUUUCCCUAAACAAAUACAAACUCGAAGAAUCUGUUUCAAACUCGUCGGAGAUGUGUCGGCAUUCGCAGACGAUACGACGGAGCAGGAUGGUUCGGGUUUUAGAGCUCCACCUGCAAGUUUAUCUCUAUCAAACAAAAUCAAACUGUAUCACUAUUCAUAUAAUCAUUACGAUACCGGUAUGUAUCGUUACUAAAAUAUGUACACGUAUUAGAUUAUAUAUGUUUGUACUCUAUAGUUUGUAUGUUAAGUAUCGGUUCAUAUGAAUAAGUAUCUAUUUAUAUUGGUUAAU